GAGUUGGCCUACUAAAAUUAUCAGGAGUUGGAGUUAAGUGUUUUUUUACUGACUCCACAGCCCUGAUCAAAAUAAUAUCUCUAUAAUAAAUGUGUAAGAUUUUAUUAUUAGAUAUAACUUAUAAAAUUUUAAUUAUGUUGUUCCAUCAGUUUUUGCAGCUCAUCCAUAUUUUAUCAGUUCAGUGUACAGUUGAUAUAUUUUUUAUUGAUUGGGAAAGACCUCAAGUGCAUGGUUUAACAACAAAACUAACAUCUCCAAAAUCAAAUGAAAGAAGUACUGGAGAAGUCAGUGCUGCAUUAAAUACAAAAAAAGAUAAAAUAAACGGUGAAAAAAAUUUGGACUCACCAGCUGUUAGUAUUUGGAGAACUUAUUUUGUUGCCAAAGAAUGGUGUGAAAUACAGUGCCUAAGAAGAGUCCAGUUGGGUUUUCAUCUUAUGGCUGUUUUAUUUUUUCUUAAGGGAAUUGGUUUUGAAAACUUUGCACAUGCUGAUCCUUUGACCAAUUUCUCAUCAGAAAAUGUACAUAUCAAUGUUCCAUACAGUUUUAUAUGCAGAUUCUCGGUGGGAUCGUGUACUUAUAUCAUUUUGGCAACAGUUCAGAUUUUCUUACGUAAAUUGAUAUAUGAACGUUUUUUUCAAGAUAAACUCCAAGAAUUUGUUGACCUUUGCUCAGUUAGUAAUAUCAGUGUCUUUGUUAUGUCAGCAAGGCAGUUUGGUUACUAUAUUCAUGGCCAUUCUGCCCAUGGUCGAGCAGAUGUUAACAUGAGAGAAAUGCAUGAUCUUUUGAGAAGAGAAGAGGUAUGUACUCACUUCAAAAUUAUAUUAUGACAAUUAUUGUUUAAGUUUUAACUUCUUAUAACAUCAGC